AUGGUGGGACCCCUUUCGUACGACGUCACUACAGAUUGCAAUUUACCCCUGGUGCACCUUCCUCACCUCAAGGAAUUGGAGUUGUCAGAGAUCCUCCAGGCGAUGGUCCCAAACAUUCUAAAGCACUUAUGUCUCGCAGCCACCACACGCAUUCUGAUAAACACCAGCAUAGCACUCACUUUGUACAAUGAGUCCGUGUUUUCUCCUUCUGUGCUUCCUCCCGAUUGCAGUGCGCUGACGAGUUUUGCGGAGCACCGCAUGAUCGAGUUCUUCGAUGAGAGAAACGAUGGGCUCAUCAUUCGCCCUCAUCCCAACACGAAUGCCCUCUGUACCGAGGCGUUAUUCAAGCUCGAGCUCACUGACGUGAUCCUGGAUCUUUCCUGUCUCAGCUCGUUCGACCUCCCUAAAAUCGAGGUGCUCGUCCUAGGGGGUCUUCGUAUGACGCUGCGUCUGAUUAGCAUAGCUCCCUUCGCUUUGUUGGCCUGCAUUCUCUCGCCGAAUACAGGCCAGGGACGGUCUCCCGAAGACGCGGACUACAGCCUUUUGCUGUUAUGCCUGCAAUUGAGAAGCGUCGAAUUCAUCAAUGCGCGUUUCGAGCUAGGGCUUUAG